AUGGUUUCAUUGCAAGAUGAGCAGGCACCUAUAUCACACAACAUUUACUGGAAGGAGUUAUUGAUGCUUGUGUAUGUCUCAGUGGCUUUUCUUAUUGUUCACAUUGUUAAGGGGAAGCACUAUUGCUAUGGUCACACAUCACAACAAAAGCAAGAUAACUCGAAUGAAUGCCCUAAGAACCAUGAAAUGAAAUUAUAA